CAAUAUUUGAAUUUCAAAUUGGAAGAAUGAAAGAAGGAAAAAUGGAGUAAGCAAACAAAGGCAGAGGGAGUAGAGCCGUAGAGGGAAUGAGGCUGUGCGAGCGGCAGUAGCCCUACUACCCCACUACCAUCCCUUUCAAAUUUCACUCUUCUCUGCAGAAAAAUAAUCCUCCUAGAGUCCUAUAGCCCAUCCACAUCGCCGGAAUAACAUCUCGCCACCGCCGGAAAAAGCUCCACUCCGUGGUAGGGGUGUCUUGCCGACUAGGGUUAUUACCUAAGUUUUGGCGUCUCCGCGCUUAAUAGGUUGCAAGAGAUGGGUGUGGAGAAUUACCACGUUAUAGAGCUUGUAGGGGAGGGAUCCUUCGGGAAGGUAUACAAAGGGAGGCGAAAGUUUACAGGCCAGACUGUUGCAAUGAAAUUUAUUCCAAAACACGGCAAAAGUGACAAGGAUAUCCACAACUUGAGGCAGGAAAUUGAGAUUCUCAGAAAGCUAAAGCAUGAAAACAUAAUUGAGAUGUUAGAUUCAUUUGAAAGUCCACAAGAGUUCUGUGUUGUGACAGAAUUUGCGCAGGGUGAACUUUUUGAAAUUAUUGAAGAUGACAAGUGCCUCCCUGAAGAACAAGUUCAAGCAAUUGCCAAGCAGUUGGUGAGAGCAUUACAUUAUUUGCAUUCAAACCGCAUUAUCCAUCGUGAUAUGAAGCCUCAAAAUAUUCUAAUCGGUGCUGGAUCUAUAGUCAAGCUUUGCGAUUUUGGUUUUGCUCGAGCUAUGUCCACAAACACAGUUGUCUUACGAUCCAUAAAAGGCACUCCAUUGUAUAUGGCUCCAGAGUUGGUACGAGAACAACCCUACAACCACACUGCUGAUUUGUGGUCGCUAGGUGUCAUAUUAUAUGAGCUUUUUGUGGGCCAGCCUCCAUUUUAUACAAAUUCAGUGUACGCACUCGUCAGACACAUUAUUAAGGAUCCAGUUAAAUAUCCCGAUAAUAUGUCUGCAAACUUUAAAAGUUUUCUGAAGGGGCUGCUUAACAAGGUGCCACACAAUCGACUUAGCUGGCCUGAUCUUCUUGACCAUCCAUUUGUUAAAGAAACUAUUGAGCAUGUGGGGGUUCAUGAUCCUGCAACUACCAUUGCUAGGGUUACUGAUGCAACUUGGAGGGGUGAUGGAAAUAUCCAAACAACUGGGUUGAAUAUUACAAGUCAUGAAAGUGAAAGCCAUUUUCAAGCAACAAGUGGAAAUGGACAUGCUGGAAUCUCUCAGGCUGCUGUCCAUUCUAACAGUCCGGCAAUAGAUGCAGUCAGUUUUUCACAACCUAUUGAAGCCCCUUUGUCAAAUUCCAGUGAUGCUGUUCUGUCAGGUUGCCAGACUUUAGACCGCUUUGAAAACAACUCCAGGACAGUUAAGGGCGCAAAAAUGAUUGGUGAAAAUAAUGAAGCAUUGGCAAUUAUUUUACUUCCACUAAAAAGUUGGUUCAACAGACCUGCAGAUUCUUGCCGGGAUGAAGACCUUGUGACAUCAAAUCAAUCAUUGAGAAUUCUUUUGAACUUGGUCACAGCUGGGGCCAUAAAUUCAAGUGGCAUUCUUGAAGAAAUCAUAUGCGAACUUUUUGCCUUCACUUCUUUUAUCAUUAAACUAAAAACGCCCGACGGUAUUGAAUUGAUUGUUAAGAGCUUUUCUAUUACCAAAAGGUUCUUAGCUCUAACUGGAGGUGUCACUUCAGGAUCUUAUAUCAGGCACUUCACGACACUGGUUGACUUGUAUUUACAGGUUCUUAAGUGCUUGGAUGAUGCUUCAGGAAGGGCCGUGUUUGAGUCUACUGGUUGUAUUGCUGUCAUGUUAAGUCAUGUGGCUCAGGCUCUUAAAGUUACUCCUGCAACAUUGACUCCAGAUGUGAUUACUAGCCCUUCAGUUGUGAAUGAAACUGUCAAAGAGGUUCUAGUCCAUGAUCAAUCUUCUGUUUUGGCAGACCUUUUAUGUGUUUGUCUAGCAACUUCAGGCUCUAGUCUCAUAUCUGGCUCUUCAAAUUUGCUGCGAGCUGCGUGUGAAGCCUGUAGGGCUUUAUGGUCACUAGUGGAUGCAUUUGAAACACUUUCUAUGAAAGAAAAUGACCAUAUAUUUCCGCUAAAUUCUUUGAGGAUGCUUUCUCGACGUAGAUUGGACAUUGAUGACAGCAAGCAAGACUCCAUGCUUGUAAAAUAUUCAAUGAAAAUAAUUGAUGCAGUAACAAAAGCUUUUUUGAGAUCCAAACCCAUACAAUUUUCUCUUCUUUGUUGCCUGCGUCAACGUGUUGAGGUUUCCUUGUGUGCCACAAUACAGCUUGUCAUGAGGUGUUGCUUGCACAGUGGAGUUGUUGCUAAUGUUCUUUGUGGUCUACCAAGCUCUCUUCCUGUUACUACUGUUGUUAGUGGAGGAGGGGAUGAUACUAUCAUUUCAGAGAUCUUCUCUAUACUAUCCUUUUGUGCUUCUUCAAAUAAGGACGCAUCAGGCGAAGUUCCCAAGUUCAAGCUAACUAAUCCAGGGAUCUUAGUUCAAUACUCAUGCCUUUUUGUUGCAACUAUUGCACAAUCUUUGAAAUUCUCUGGAAGAAGUUCUGCAUCAUUUAUGCUCACUGCAUCAUCCAAGAAACAACAAUCACGGAUCUCUGUACUUGCCUACCAUUUCUCAUCUGACGCACAACAAUCAUGUCAACCUCAUUGUGCAUCCGCGAUGCUAGCUCUCGCAUCCAUCUUGUCACUUGAGGCUGACAGUUCUGUAGGGAUAUCUAAAUCUGACCUAGCUUUGUCCCUAAUCCCUCGAACGGCGAAGCUUUGUGAUUACAUGAAGGCCUUUGCAAUUGAAAAAGAUGGAAUGAAUUUGGAGACUUUUAACCAAAUGUUCUCGUAUUGGCAUGGUCUAAGAGAUGGAUGUGUUGGAUUGUUGGAAUCACGAUUGAAGUGUGGAGGACCAAUGGCAGUGCAGCAGUCAUGUGGAAGUGGUGUUCCUCAACUUCUUAUUGAUUUGUUAACAAGUAACUCUUACGGAAUGUCGCCUGUUGGGGUUGUUUGGAGCAUAUCUUCAAUAUGUCAGUGCCUAUUUGGUGGAGUAUCUACCUUCCGUCUAAUAUUGAUUAAGACGGUGCAUGUGAGGGCCAUAUCUGAUUUAAUAUCAGACACACAUCUCAAACUUGUUAGAAGUUGGAGUGGCCUUGGUGGAGGGAAGGAUGGUGCUAGAGAUACAAUAAAUGCAGUAAUUGAUCUCUUGGCAUUUCCUUUUGUUGCUAUUCAGAAUGUUCAAGGAUUGCCAUCUGCUACCGCUUCGGUGAACAGUGGUUUUCUCCUCAACAUGGGCUCACCUGGUGGAAGAGUUCGUCCUGAAGACAAAGACAUGGUUAAAGCAAUCGAGACACACAUGGGGAAGUACAUCCAAAUCCUAGUGGAGGUAGGAGUUCCAUCUAUUAUUCUUGGGUGUUUGGAACAUAUGGAGCUAAAAGAUAUUGCAAGGCCUAUUGCAUUUAUUGCAAAAAUGGUGGGUCAACGAUCUCUUGCUUCUCAACUUUUGGGAAAAGGUCUCUUAGAUCCAAGGAGAAUGAAGUGGUUGCUUGGUGCUUCAUGCCCCAAAGAAGUCCUGCUCGAUGUUUUGAUGAUUGUUUCGGAGUUAGCUCGCAUGGACAAGGAUUUCUAUGAGUUCAUAGAUGCAGCAGAUAUCAUGGGCUUUUUGAAGGAUUUCUUGACCCAUGAAGAUCCUAAUGUUCGCGCGAAGGCAUGCAGUGCAAUAGGGAACAUGUGUCGGCAUAGCUCUUAUUUUUAUGAUGUACUGGGACAACAUCAAAUUAUCAGUCUCCUCAUAGAUAGAAGCUACGAUUCAGACAAGAGAACACAGAAAUUUGCUUGCUUUGCUAUUGGGAAUGCUGCUUAUCAUAGUGAUUUAUUGUAUGAUGAGCUCAAACGAGCCAUCCCUCAGCUAUCAUGUUUGCUUCUUUCUGCCGUGGAAGAUAAAACCAAGGCUAAUGCUGCUGGGGCACUCAGUAAUCUUGUCCGUAACUCAAACAGGCUUUGUGAAGACAUUAUUUCCAAAGGAGCUAUCCAGGCUCUACUGAAGUUGAUAGCCGAUUAUGCAGUCCUAGCUCUGAACCCGAGCAGAAAAGAUUCGUUACACGAAUCACCUCUAAAAAUUGCACUCUUCUCACUGGCAAAGAUGUGCGCACAUCCGCCUUGCCGACAGUUUCUCCGUUCAUCGGAGCUUUUUCCGGUAAUCCGACAGCUCCACCCGUCGCCAGAACCAACAAUUAGUAAUUACGCCACUGUGAUCUUGAAAAAAGUUGCAGAAGCUUAGCUUACGUAACUUGCUAGUGUAAAAAAAGUUGUUUCACUCAGUACUUUUUGCUCGUUGUAUUUGAGAAAAAUGUAAGAACCUCAGGAGUAUUUAUGUAAAUAUAUGUAUGAAUGCGACUAAUCUUUACUUCAU